AUGGCCGUUGAUGCGGAUGACGAAGACGCCCGAACGAUGGAGCGCAUGGCCUCCAACAACCCGGCCAUGACGGUGCCGGCCAGCCAGAAGAUGCAGGUGGUCUCGCGACCGGACCUCAGCAACCUGCGCUCGCGAAGCAGCACUGCCCACCCUCACUCCGCGAAACACAUGCGACGAUCUGAUCCGUCAGGUGGGGAGGAUGCCGAGUCCAUCACCCCUAGCAGCAUCCUGAAAUCCUCGACGUCGUCGCCAGGAGGAGUAUCAGCAGAUAAUAUGCGCCCACCGUCCAAAUACGACGUCGGCUGGCGGCGCGUAGUCCGCAACCUCUCACCGUCCUGGUUCAGCGUGACCAUGGGGACAGGCGUCUGCUCCUUACUCCUCAUCGCCAUCCCCUUCCCUGCCCGGUGGCUCUACUGGCUUUCCGUGAUAUUCUUCAUCCUCAACACCUGCCUCUUCACCCUGCUCCUCUCCGCCUCCAUCCUCCGCUACACGCUGUAUCCCGCAAUCUGGUCCGUCAUGAUCGCCGACCCCAACAACUCGUUGUUUCUGGGGACUAUCCCCAUGGGCUUUGCGACUCUUGUCGAGAGCUGGAUCUUUUUGUGUUGUCCGUAUUGGGGGUAUUGGAGCGUCUGGGUCGCUUGGGUGGCGUGGAUGGUUGAUUCGGUUGUCGCUAUUGCGGUCACGGUGUCGUUGCCGUUUUUGCUCAUGAGUCAGAGGGAUGCGCAGGGGUUGGAGAGGAUCACGGCCGCCCAGUUGUUGCCGAUUGCGAGUACCAUUGUUGCGUCUGGGGCUGGAAGUGAGAUCGCCGCCCUGCUAGAUUCCCCGGACCACGCCCUGGGCACGUUGAUAACCUCGUACGUAAUGUGGGGUAUGGCAACGCCCCUCGCCAUCACAGUCCUGGUCAUGUACUAUCAACGCCUAGCCCUGCACAAGCUCCCACCACGCGAAGUCGUCGUCUCCUCAUUCCUCCCAUUGGGACCCCUGGGCAUGGGCGGGUACACGAUCAUGUACCUAGGCAAAGUCUCCCGUCUCGUCUUCCCGCGCGUCCACUUAUUCCAGGACAACCUCGGCCCCCUGGCCGGCGACGUCGUCUACGUGCUCGGCUUCUUCGUGGCGCUCAUCAUGUGGGGGUUCGGCCUGUGCUGGCUCGUGUUCGCCCUCGCCACCAUCUACUCGACCCGUCCGUUCCCCUUCAACAUGGGCUGGUGGGGGUUCACCUUCCCCCUGGGUGUGUAUGCCCUCUCCACCAUGACUUUUGGGGUUGAGAUGCCCAGCAUGUUCUUCAAGGUCCUUGGUACUAUCUUCGGAGUCGCGGUUAUACUGCUGUGGUGUGUUGUUGCCGCGGGGACGGCCAGGGGCGCUUGGGGCGGAGAGCUGUUCUAUGCGCCGUGUUUGAGGAAUUUGCCUAAUAAGAGAGACGGUGGUGAUGAGAGGGAGAAAGGUGAGGCGAUGGUGGAUAAGGAGAAAUCACCGGGCAAUUGA